AUGGAGCCUCAUCAAUCCGGACAGCAACCACCUCAUUAUCCUCACUCUCAACCUCCCCAAACUCAUCGCCACAGGCCCUCUCAUUCUCACCUUCGCGACAUCUUGCAGUUCGCGUCUUCCUCCCACACCAUGCCACAUCAUCGGACGGCACAUAGCACUCCGGUGUCAUCGCCGGGACUGUUUAGUCCAACAGUCGCCCGCUCGUCGACAUCGCUGUCGCCGUCGCAUCCGCACCAGCAAGGUGGCUGUGAUAAUGUCACCCCGGCUUCUGCCAGUACCCCUUACCUGCAUCCGCUGCAGGGCCCUCCGCACAAAGUGAGAGAGACGCACAAGGCGCUCGUCGAACACGACAACGUCACUGGCCGCAAAUACAUCAACAAUUACGAGAUCAUUGAGGAGCUUGGGCGAGGCGUGCACGGCAAGGUCAAGCUGGCCCGGAACACGGAAAAUGGCGAGUUCGUGGCCAUCAAGAUCAUCCCUCGCUUCUCCAAGAAGCGGAGGCUUGGCAAGGUGACGGCCAUGUCCACCCAGGACAAGAGCAGGAGGGAGAUUGCCAUCUUGAAGAAGAUCCGUCACCCAAAUAUCGUCGCUCUGCUCGAGAUUAUCGACGAUCCCGAGCUCAAGAAGAUCUACAUGGUACUGGAGCACGUCGAGCUGGGCGAGGUCGUCUGGAGAAAGAAGGGGCUGCCGUACAUCUGCCUGUACGAGCGCCGUCGUAUCGAGCGAGAGAUGCGUGGAGAGCAGCCCACCCCUCAGGAGCUGGAGUUCGAGCGCCUGCUGGAGCAGCGUCAGAUCCUUCGGGACGCGGAACGCGCGAAACAAAGGGCAAAGGCCCAGGCAGCCUCGGCAGACUACUGGAGUCUUGAAUACGGCCAGGGUGAAGACUCGCCGGUGGUGGCGUCUUCGCGGAGGAAUUCGUCGGCUGGAGCUGGCGCUUGCCCCUCGCAGGCUCCGGCAGGCACCGGGCCCAGUAAUCCUGAGAGCGACGACAUGGAGACGGAGAGCGCACUAUCCUCGAAGCCAGGCUCCUCAACAGCACUAGACAGCAUUUUCAACGUUGCCAACCUGGACGAAAACACGCUCCAAGGAACUACCUCGAGUCUUCAGCACUUAAUCAUGGCCAAUCCUUGGCUUGAGUACAGCAAGGAUGACCCGUACACGGACGACUUCUCGUACGUGCCCUGCUUCACCAUCGAUCAGGCGAGGCAGACGUUCAGGGACACGGUUCUCGGCUUGGAAUACCUCCACUGGGAGGGUGUCAUCCAUCGCGACAUCAAGCCGGCCAACCUGCUCUGGACCAAGGACUAUCGGGUCAAGAUCGCCGAUUUCGGCGUCUCCUACUUCGGUAGGCCCCUUCGCGAUGGCGAGCCCGACGACACCAUCUCUGAGUCGGAGGCUAAGGAGCUCGAUAAUGAGCUCGAGCUCGCCAAGACGGUCGGUACCCCGGCCUUCUUUGCUCCUGAGCUGUGUGCUACGGAUCUCUGGGAUAGCCCCCCGGGCCACCCGCCGAAGGUCACGGAGCAGAUUGAUGUUUGGUCGCUGGGUGUGACGCUCUACUGCCUCAUCUACGCCAGGCUUCCCUUCCUGGCGGAGGAUGAGUGGCAGAUGUAUCGCAAGAUUGCCAAUGAGGAAGUGUACAUUCCGACUCGCAGGCUGCGUCCCGUUGACCCUUCGACCAAGCCCAACGAGAAGUCUUUGUACACGCGGAUCAACGGGCCGCCUUACCGCGAUGACGAAGACCUCCUCUACGAGGACAUCGACCCGAACCUGCAGGACCUCCUGCGAAAGAUGCUUACCAAAAAUCCCGAGAAGCGGAUUCGCCUGCGUGAGGUUAAGCGUCACCCUUGGGUCACCGACGGCAUUCCCAAUGUCCAGCAGUGGCUUGAGGAGACUGACCCGGCCAGGAAGAACUCUGGCCAGAAGAUUCAGGUCGACGAGAAGGAUCUCAGCCAUGCUGUUAUCCCCCUGACCCUGCUGGAGCGUGCUCGGUCUGUCGUCAAGAAGAUCGGCCGCGUCAUCCAUCGUGGCGAGAGGGCUGAGAGUGUGUCGACGCGCCGGCGUGCCCCAAGCAGUGCUGCGAGCACGGCUGGAGACACGUCCAUCAGCGGCAUGGUAACUCCCCAACACCAUCAUGCUCGCCGGGGAAGCCUGCGCCCUGAUGAGCACGUGCCGCCGAGCUUCUCGCAGCAGACCACGCCGCAGGGUAACCGCCCAUUAACCCAUAGUGCGCUGGCUUCUCAUCAGGAGCAGGCUUCUCCCUCUCGCCAUACCCCUCCUCCACAACAACAACAACAACAACAACAACAACAUAAAUCGACGGCAGGUGCUUUUUUCAAUGCGCUUCGCCGCCCCCUAGAAUUGGUGACCAACAUCCCUCGAGAUGAGCUCACGGCUCAUCAUCCCUCGCCGUUUGCGCACAGGCCGUUGCCUCGUCACGGUCAUGCGCGCUCCCUUACUAAUAAUUUCUUGUGGUUGACGCCUACAACGUCGAAUGAAGCACAAACAGCCCCUGCAACACCGGUUUUCGAUAAUCCCGCGGAAGAUACAACCAAGUCGCUUAGGAGCACUCGGGAUGCCAAGCUUGUUGCGGAAGACUCAAGCCGGUCACGGUCAGUCGACCGCGGCUCUCUGGCCAGCACGGAGAAACGGAUCUCAGCGUUGAGCACGGCGGCUGCAGCUCCGGGUAACUACCAUGCUGCCGCGCCGCUGCUGCGUUCAGCACGCACGAUGGAAUUCCCCAGAGGCCUCGAGAACGUUGCACCGCAGUCUACUGUUAUCAGGAGGCCCAGCUCGCCUAGUACGCUGACAGGUUAUCAACAUGGCCAUUUCAGGUCUGACCCCAACAUCAACAACAAGCAACGGAUUUCUGUGGAUAUUGACGAGAGACCAAUGACGGCGCAUCGUGUAGACGACCAUGGAAGCGGAUCCGUAACCAGGGAACCACGGCAAACCACCAUCACUCUGGCCCCCAGCCCGACGAUCCAAGCACCCGUUAGGACGGCACCGCCGGCCGAGCAGCCCACCCAGGACCAAUCGGUUGACUUGUCUUCCGAACCUGACCCUGCCCAGAUCCCAUGCCCGCCAUCUCCUCCGUCCAGGGACGAGACGAUUCCGACCGGAAAGUCCUCCAGCUCGACGUCCAUGGGCGCCAUGACGACCCCGCUGACCAGCCCUAGCGAGUCUGCCAGCCCCGUCUAUGGAUCUAACUCACAGGUAUCCAAGAAGGACUCGUCCGAGCAGAUUUUUACCUUCCAAUCAGACCCGUCGCUCCCUGCUCUUCUUAGCAGCACGAGCUCGGUGUCGGCGGACCCCGAGGGAGACUUUCUCGGCAACCCGGGCGUCGUGAGUCGGUCAUCGAUCGUGAAUACGACGGAUUCGCUCACACCCCAGGCCUUGACUAAGGAGCCAAUUUCUGGAUUUCCCCUGGAGAUGAACGACGACGUCCUGCCGCCGGAUGAGGCUGUCCCUGUCAAGCUCGAUGACAGGCCCCAUUCUGCUGCCGCUGCCAUUCCUUCCCAUCAUCCCCCGGCGUUCCGUUCGCCGCACCAAAACCAUGCCGUUCCGUUUGCGCCGUCACCUCUGUCCAUUGUCACGACCCCUCCGCACGCUCAUCGUCAUCAUCCCUCGCUUCCUGUCUCGGCUCACCCCUGGCGCUCCCCUCCUAGCGCCAGCCCUUUCACCCAGUACAGGCGCGGCUCGCUUGCCUCCAACUUUCGUCGUCGCGACGAGAGCGAGGAUGAGGGCAGCGAUAGCGACGAGGGCUUCCUAACGAUGGCCAAGCUUAAGAAGAAGGUGUCGACCAGCACAGUGAUGAGCUCGAACAACAGGGACUCAGAGGAGCGGCUGGGCAGCGGCUUAUUUAUGGGCGAUAACCCGAGGCGCAGAGAUACCAGCGUAAGUGCGGGCAGCACGGAUACGGCGAAAAAGCUCGUCAUGCCAGAGGACGAGUAG